CUUUUAAACAAACCAUCGACACCAAAAGCCAUAAAACUCGUUUCAAAUUAGGUUAGCACACCGAAAAGCUAUUUCUGUGGGGCCUAUUUUACUGCCAGUGUGGCCAUUUAAAAAAUGUUCCUUCUGACUUUGAUUAUAUUGAGAUGGUUUACUUUUGGAGGGACAAACCCUAUAUACUCUACAGAAAAUGCCUUAAAGGGCCCACAAGAAGUGCAGCAUGCAGUUUGUCAAAUUUCCACCAAAGAUAUUGACGCUACUGCUAAGGCGACUAUCACAAGACAACUCCGAGGGGUUUGUUCAACCAACGAUAUGGCUCAGAAAUUUGAUUUAUUGCAUCAAGAAUUGUUGCUAAUUAAAGAAGCCUUGGGGGUUAAUGGAAAGGCUUUAAAACUAAAGAGUCUUGGGGUGGCAGUAGCUACUGAAUACCCAGAUUAUAGUGAUAGUGAAGAGGUUUCAGUUUAUAACGACACUAUAGUGCAAAGUAGUGAGGGCGAGUUGUACUUUUAUUACUGGAAAAUUAAUGGCAUUAGCAAAGUGCUUAUGAAAAGAAACUUGUAUAUUUCUAGUGAGACUUUCUCGGUUUUAGGGCACAUGUUACACCUUCAGUUCUACCCAAACUAUCAGGAGGAAUUUAUUGGGAUAUUGCUCAAACCCGAGAGCAAUUCUUUCCUGAAAAAGCAUAAAAUCUCGUUUUUAGGCCAAAAGAACACUAAAAAUGAGAUUUCUUCCAAGAAACUUUAUGGGCUAAAAAACGAGGAUAAAAUCUUUAAAAUCGCACCUCAAAUGUUAACCCCGGAUUUUAUUUCAAAUGACAGUUUGCUCAUUAGGGUUAAGAUUUAUUUGGAGGGCUGAAAUGAUUAGUCCUGAAAUCUAAAAAAAUUUAAUAAACGUAUAAAAGGCAAAAUAUAUAAAUAAAGUUAAAGCAUCA